AUGCCUACAAUAGAAGAGGUCCGUGCCCAAGAAGUUUGGAAUAACCGUGCUGUUUGCAAUGUUGCUAGUGGAGUCAUGGGAGUUAUGGUCUUGGUUUUCUCAGCUGCUGAGUAUGUUGUUGAGAAGGCUCGGGCGAAGCUUGACACCACCAAUAUAAUUAUUAUUGGAUGUGUCACCGGAGGUACAAUGCCAGCAAAAGGUGUCUCGAAAGCUGCAUGCGUUGGUUGUGUUGGGUUUGCUGCAUUCUCAAUUUUGAUAGAGAAAUUCCUAGACAGACAUACUUGA